AUCCAGGCGGGUGUGAGGAUGUGGCUGGCUCGGAGGAAGUACCAGGAGAGGCUGCACUACUUCAGGCAGAACAUUAAAGCUGUAAUUAAAAUCCAGGCUUUUGUUCGAGCUAACAAGGCCCGUGGGGAUUACAGGAUGCUGGUCCAUGCCAAGAACCCCCCGCUGAGCAUCGUCCGGCGCUUCAUCCACCUGCUGGAGCAGAGCCAGCACGACUUCUGGGAGGAGUCGGAGGUGCUGGGGCUGCAGGAGGAGGUGGUGAAGAGAAUCCGAGCCAGCCGGCAGCUGGAGAGCGACCUGGACCUCAUGGACAUCAAGAUUGGGCUGCUGGUCAAGAACAGGAUCACGCUGCAGGAGGUGGUCUCCCACUGCAAGAAGCUGACCAAGAAGAACAAGGAGCAGCUCUCCGAGAUGAUGUCCAUAGACAAGCAGAAGGGGCUCAAGUCCCUCAGCAAGGAGAAGAGACAGAAGCUGGAGGCCUACCAGCAUCUCUUCUACCUGUUGCAGACACAGCCUGUGUACUUGGCCAGGCUGAUCUUCCAGAUGCCCCAGAACAAGUCCACCAAGUUCAUGGAGUCGGUGAUCUUCACGCUUUACAACUACGCCUCCAACCCCCGGGAGGCCUACCUGCUGCUCCAGCUCUUCAAAGCAGCUCUGCAGGAGGAGAUCAGGUGCAAGGUGGGGCACGUGCAGGAGAUCCUGACGGGGAACCCCGCGGUGCUGCGGCUGGUGGUGCGGUUCUACCGCAGCGCCCGGGGGCACAGCGCCCUGCGGCAGAUCCUGGCUGCCCCCGUGCAGGACGUCCUGCAGGACAGGACCCUCCGCGUCCGCACCGACCCCCUGGACAUCUACAAGGCCUGGGUCAACCAGAGCGAGUCGCAGAGCGGGCAGAGAAGCCAGCUCCCCUACGAGGUGAGCCCUGAGCAGGCUCUCAGCCACCCCGAGGUCCAAAGGCAGUUGGACGUUUCCAUCCGCAACCUCCUGGUGGUGACGGAGAAGUUUGUCUCUGCCAUCACCUCCUCCGUGGACAAGAUCCCCUAUGGGAUGCGCUACGUGGCCAAAAUCCUGAGGACAUCCUUGGCUGAGAAAUUCCCCAGGGCCCCAGCGGAGGAGAUCGACAAGGUCGUGGGGAACCUGCUCUACUACCGCUUCAUGAACCCGGCCGUGGUGGCCCCCGAUGGCUUUGACGUGGUGACCCCCUCAGCUGGGGUGACCCUGCCCCCCGAGCAGCGCCGCAGCCUGGGCUCCAUCGCCAGGGUGCUGCAGCACGCGGCCGCCGGCAAGGCCUUCCAUGGGGAGAACGCCCACCUCCGGGGGCUCAACCAGUACCUGCAGGACACCCACGCCAAGUUCAGGAGGGUCAUCUCCGCUGCCUGCAGCGUCCCCGAGCCGGAGGAGAGGUUCAACGUGGACGAGUACUCAGAGAUGGUUCAGGUGGCCAAGCCAGUCAUCUACAUCACGGUGGGGGAGCUCAUCAACACACACAAGCUGCUGCUCGAGCACCAGGACUCCAUUGCCCCCCACCACGACGACCCCCUGCACGAGCUGCUGGAGGACCUGGACGAGCUUCCUACAGUCCAGUCCCUUGUUGGGGAGAGCGUUGCCAGCCCAGGGGACAGCAGUGCUGAGCAGGUCCUCUCCCAGCUCAGCAGAAUGGAGAUCUCCCUCACCCUCACCAGCAAGAUGAUGCCAGCAGCCAGCAGUGAGGAGAACGACACAAGGAGCUUGCUGCUGAG